AGGCGACGUGGGCACCUCGGACCCCAGGGCUUCUAACCAAAAAUCCACAUCUCGUGGGGAUUACCGAGCGGCCCAGGACUUGCAAGCGGAGCCCCCGAGGACCCGGCUGGACCGGCCCCUGCGAGCGAGCGGAGCGAUGGGGAGGCACCUGGCGGCGCUCCUGCUGCUGCUGCUGCUCCUCCAGCACUUCGGACACGGGGACGGGAGCCCCGCGCCGGCCGCAGCCCCGCUGCAGUUCACCCAGCCCCACUACCACGUCACCGUGCACGAGAACUCCGCCGCCAAGACCUACGUCGGGCAUCCCGUGAAGAUGGGCAUUUACCUCGCCAGCCCGUCCUGGGACGUACGGUACAAAAUCGUCGCGGGGGACAACGAAAACCUGUUCAAGGCGGAGGAGUACGUCCUCGGCGACUUCUGCUUCCUGAGGAUCAGGACCAAAGGCGGGAACACCGCGAUCCUCAACAGGGAGGUGAGGGACCACUACGCCCUGGUGGUCAAAGCCGUCGAGAAGAACACCAACGCCGAGGCGCGGGCGGCGGUCCGGGUGCAGGUGCUGGACACCAACGACCUGCGCCCGCUGUUCUCGCCCACCUCCUACAGCGUCUCCCUGCCCGAGAACACGGCCCUGAGGGCCAGCAUCGCCAGGGUCAGCGCCACGGACGCGGACAUCGGCACCAACGGGGAGUUCUACUACAGCUUCAAGGAGCGGACGGACAUGUUCGCCAUCCACCCGACCAGCGGGGUGGUGGUGCUCACCGGGAGGCUGGACCACGCCGAGAGCCCGCUCCACGAGGUGGAGAUCCUGGCGGCGGACCGCGGCAUGAAGCUGUACGGCAGCAGCGGCGUCAGCAGCCUGGCCCGGCUGGCCGUGCACGUGGAGCAGGCCAACGAGUGCGCGCCCGCGGUCACCGCCGUGACCUUGACGCCGUCCGAGUCCGACGGGGACCCCACCUACGCGGUCGUGACCGUGGAGGACUGCGAUCGGGGCGCCAACGGCGAGAUAGCGUCCCUGAGCAUCGUGGCCGGCGACGCCCACCAGCGGUUCAGGACGGUGAGGGUCUCUCCGGGGAGUAAAGAGUACAGAGUCAAAGGCACCAGCGGUGGCGGCGGCGACAUCGACUGGGACGGCCAUCCCUUCGGCUACAACCUGACGCUCCAGGCCAAAGACAAAGGCUCGCCUCCCCGCCUCUCCGCCGCGACCGUCAUCCGCGUGGCUUCUCCCCGGUUCCGCGCCGGGCCCGUCCGGUUCGAGAAGGAUGUGUACCGGGCGGAGAUCAGUGAGCUGGCGCCCGCCAACACCCCCGUGGUCAUGGUCAAGGCCACGCCUCGGUAUCCCCACCUGAGGUACGUCUUCAAAAGCGCGCCCGCCAAAGCCAAGUUCAGUCUGAACCCCACCACGGGCCUCAUUUCCAUCCUGGAACCGGUGAAGAGGCAGCAGGCGUCCCACUUUGAACUGGAAGUGACCACCAGCGACCGGAAAGCCUCCACCAGGGUCCUGGUCAAAGUCUUAGGGGCCAACAGCAACCCCCCGGAGUUCACCCGGACAUCCUACAAAGCGUCCUUCGACGAGAACGUCCCCGUGGGCACCACGGUCCUGCGGGUGAGUGCCGUGGACCCCGACGAGGGCGAGAACGGGUACGUGACGUACAGCAUUGCCAACCUGAACCCCGUGCCGUUUGCCAUCGACCACUUCACCGGGGCCGUGAGCACCUCCGAAAGCCUGGACUACGAGCUGAUGCCCCGGGUGUACACCCUGAGGGUGCGGGCGUCGGACUGGGGCGUGCCCUACCGCCGGGAGGUGGAGGUCCUGGCCACCCUGACCCUCAACAACCUGAAUGACAACACCCCCUUGUUUGAGAAGAUCAACUGCGAGGGCACCGUCCCCCGGGACCUGGAGGUGGGCGAGCAGAUCACCACCGUGUCCGCCAUCGACGCCGACGAGCUCCAGCUGGUCCGCUACCAGAUCGAAGCCGGCAACGAGCUUGGUCUGUUCAGCCUGAACCCCAGCUCCGGGGUGCUGUCCUUAAAGCAGUCGCUGACGGAAGGUCUGGGGGCCAAGGUGUCCUUCCACAGCCUGAGAAUCACAGCCACGGAUGGGGAGCACGUCGCCACGCCGCUGUACAUCAACCUCACGGUGGCGGCCAGCCGCAAGCCGGCGCACCUGCAGUGCCAGGAGACCGGGGUGGCCAAGAUGCUGGCCGAGAAGCUGCUCCAGGCCAACAGGCUGCACGGCCAGGGGGAGGCCGAGGAGGUCUUCUUCGACUCCCACUCUGUCAACGCGCACGCACCGCAGUUCGGCAGCGGCCUCCCCGCGGGCAUCGAGGCCAAGGAGGACCUUCCCGUGGGCGCCGGAGUCCUCCUCCUGAACGCCACCGACCUGGACACCGGCUUCAACGGGAAGCUGGUGUACGCCAUUUCCGGGGGGAACGAGGACAGCUGCUUCGCCAUCGACAUGGACACGGGGAUGCUCAGGGUUUUAUCUCCCCUGGACCGGGAGACCGCAGACAAGUACACCCUGAACGUCACCGCGUCCGACCUCGGCCUGCCGCAGAAGGCGGCGUGGCGUCUGCUGGAUGUCAGCGUUCUGGAUGCCAACGACAACGCCCCCGAGUUUCUGCAGGAGAGCUAUUUCGUGGAGGUGAGCGAGGACAAGGAGCUGGGGAGCGAGAUCAUCCAGGUGGAGGCCGUCGAUCAAGAUCUGGGGCCAAACGGACACGUGGCCUACUCCAUCCUCACCGACACCGAUCAGUUCUCCAUCGACAGCGCGACGGGGGUGGUGAAGGUGGUGCGGGCCCUGGACACCGAGGCCCAGCCGGUGCAUUACCUGAAGAUCGAGGCCAGGGACCAGGCCACGGAGGAGCCCCGGCUGUCCUCCACGGUGCUUCUCAAGGUCUCCGUGGAGGAUGUCAACGACAACCCCCCCAGGUUCAUCCCGCCCAACUACCACGUGAAGGUGCGCGAGGACCUCCCCGAGGGCACCGUCGUCAUGUGGCUGGAGGCCUACGACCCCGACCUCGGCCCGUCCAGCCAGGUGAGGUACAGCCUCCUGGACCCCGGGGAAGGCCACUUCGACGUGGACAAGCUCAGCGGGGCGGUGAGGAUCGUGCAGCAGCUGGACUUUGAGAAGAGGCAGGCGUACAACCUCACCGUGAGGGCCAAGGACCGAGGGAAGCCGGUGUCCCUGUCGUCCACGUGCUACGUGGAGGUGGAGGUGGUCGACGUGAACGAGAACCUGCACCCGCCCGUGUUCCCCAGCUUCGCGGAGAAGGGGGCGGUGAGGGAGGACGUCCCCGCGGGCUCGUCCGUGAUGAAGGUGUCCGCCCGGGAUGAGGACGCGGGGAGAGACGGGGAGGUCCGCUAUUCCAUCAGAGACGGUUCUGGCGUCGGGGUGUUCAAGAUAGACGAAGAAACAGGUGUCAUUGAGACGUCAGAUCGCCUGGACCGCGAGUCGACCUCCCAUUACUGGCUGACCGUCUACGCCACCGAUCAGGGUGUGGUGCCCCUCUCCUCAUUCGUAGAGGUCUACAUCGAGGUGGAGGAUGUCAAUGACAACGCACCCCAGACUUCAGAGCCGGUUUAUUACCCAGAAGUCAUGGAAAAUUCUCCCAAGGAUGUGUCCGUGGUCCACAUUGAGGCAUCCGAUCCAGAUUCUAGCUCUAAUGACAAGCUGACGUACAGAAUCACCAGUGGAAACCCACAAGGCUUCUUCUCUAUACAUCCUAAGACAGGUCUCAUCACAACUACAUCGAGGAAACUAGAUCGAGAACAGCAAGAUGAGCACAUAUUAGAAGUUACCGUGACAGACAAUGGCAGUCCCCCCAAAUCAACCGUUGCAAGAGUGAUUGUGAAAAUCCUCGAUGAAAAUGACAACAGACCUCAGUUCCUGCAGAAGUUCUACAAGAUCCGACUCCCCGAGCGGGAAAAGCCGGACCGGGACCGGAACGCCAAACGCGACCCCAUCUACCGGGUCAUCGCUGCCGACAAGGACGAGGGUCCCAACUCCGAGAUCUCCUACAGCAUCGAGGAGGGCAACGAGCUUGGGAAGUUCUUUAUUGAGCCCAAAACCGGACUGGUGUCAUCCAAGAAGUUUUCUGCAGCCGGAGAAUACGAUAUUCUUUCCAUCAAGGCGGUUGACAACGGUCGCCCCCAGAAGUGGUCAACCACUCGCCUCCACAUUGAAUGGAUCUCCAAACCCAAACCGUCCCCGGAGUCCAUUUCCUUCGAAGAAUCGUUUUUCUCCUUCACUGUCAUGGAGAGCGACCCCGUCGCUCACAUGAUCGGAGUGAUAGCCGUGGAGCCUCCAGGCACCCCUCUCUGGUUUGACAUCAUUGGCGGCAACUAUGAGAGUCACUUUGACGUGGACAAGGGCACGGGCACCGUCAUUGUUGCCAAACCUCUGGAUGCGGAACAGAAGUCAGAUUACAACCUUACAGUCGAGGCGACAGAUGGAACCAGCACGAUACUGACUCAGGUAUUCAUCAAAGUCAUAGACACCAAUGACCACCGUCCUCAGUUCUCCACGUCCAAGUACGAAGUUGUGAUUCCGGAGGACACGGCGCCAGAAACAGAGAUUUUGCAGAUCAGCGCGGUGGACAAGGACGAGAAGAACAAACUCAUCUACACCCUGCAGAGCAGCAGCGACCCGCUGAGCCUCAAGAAGUUUCGCCUGGACCCUGCCACUGGCUCCCUCUACACCUCAGAGCCCCUGGAUCAUGAGGCCAUCCACCAGCACAUCCUCACUGUCAUGGUACGGGAUCAGGACGUCCCCGUGAAGCGCAACUUCGCGAGGAUCGAGGUGAACGUCAGCGACAUGAACGACCACGCGCCCUGGUUCACCAGCUCCUCCUACGAAGGGCGGGUGUACGAGUCGGCGGCCGUGGGCUCGGUGGUGCUGCAGGUCACCGCACUGGACAGGGACAAGGGCAGGAACGCCGAAGUGGCGUACUCCAUCGAGUCCGGAAAUAUUGGAAACUCUUUCACAAUCGAUCCCAUCUUGGGCUCUAUCAAAACUGCCAAAGAAUUGGAUCGCAGCAACCAAGAGGAAUAUGACCUGAUGGUUAAGGCUACAGACAGAGGCAGUCCACCCCUGAGUGAGAUCACUUCCGUGCACAUCUUCGUCACCGUUGCCGACAAUGCCGCUCCAAGAUUCACCUCCAAAGAAUAUUCUGUUGAAAUCAGCGAGACCGUCGGCAUCGGGAGUUUUGUCGCAAUGGUGACAGCCCACAGCCAGUCAUCAGUGGUCUACGAACUAAGAGAGGGAAACGUAGCGGAUGCAUUCGCCAUCAACCCGCACUCGGGAAGUAUCGUGACUCAGAAAGCCCUGGACUUUGAGACUCUGCCUGUGUACACGCUGACGGUGCGAGGGACCAACAUGGCGGGCCUGUCCACCAACACGACGGUCCUGGUGCACCUGCAGGACGAAAAUGACAACUGGCCCGUGUUCCUGCAGGCGGAGUACACGGGCCUCGUCAGCGAGUCGGCCUCCCCGCACAGCGUGGUCCUCACCGACACGAACGUCCCGCUGGUGGUUCGAGCCACCGACGCCGACCAGGAGUCCAACGCGCUGCUCGUGUACCGCAUCGUGGAGCCGUCGGCGCACAAGCACUUCGCCAUCGAUUCCAGCACGGGUGCGAUCCACACGGUCGCGAGCCUGGACUACGAGGAAGCGAGCGCGUUCCGCUUCACCGUGCAGGUGCACGACAUGGGGGCGCCGCGCCUGUUUGCCGAGUACGCGGCCAACGUGACCAUCCACGUCGUUGACAUUAACGACUGCCCCCCUGUGUUCUCCACGCCCGUGUACGAAGCCUCCCUCCUGCUGCCCACCUACAGGGGGGUCCGGGUCGUCGCGGUCAACGCGACGGACGCCGACUCCCGCGCCUUCUCCCAGGUGCUGUACUCCAUCACCGACGGCAACAUCGGGGAGAAGUUCCUCAUGGACCCCCGGACCGGCUCGGUCACGGUGCAGAACACCACCCAGCUGCGAAGCCGCUACGAGCUCACGGUGCGCGCCUCCGACGGCAGGUUCGCCGGCCUCGCCGCGGUGAAGAUCCACGUGAAGGAGAGCAGAGAGAGCCCGCUGAGGUUCACCCAGGACUUCUACGCGGCCACCGUCAAGGAGAACUCCACCGAAGCCACGACGCUGGCCGUCAUCGCCGCCGUCGGCAACCCGAUGAACCAGCCCCUGUUCUAUCGCAUCCUCAACCCCGACCGCAGGUUUAAGAUGAGCCGCACCUCGGGCGUCCUGUCCACCACGGGCGUCCCCUUCGACCGGGAGCAGCAGGAGGCCUUCGACGUGGUGGUGGAGGUGACGCAGGAGCACGGGCCCGCCGCUGCCGCCGCCGUGGCCCACGUGCUGGUGAAGGUCGCCGUGGAGGACCAGAACGACAACGCCCCGGUGUUCGUCAACCUGCCUUACUACGCCGUGGUGCGGGCGGACGCCGCGGCCGGCCACACCAUCCGCCAGGUGACCGCCGUGGACCGGGACAGCGGCAGGAACGGGGCCGUGCACUACCACCUGAAGGAGCACCACGAGCACUUCCAGAUCGGCCCGUCGGGCGACCUCUCCCUGAAGAAGCCCUUCGGGCCCGACACCUUGAACAAGCAGUACCUGGUCACGGUGGUGGCCGAGGACGGGGGGGACCCGGCGCGCUCGGCCGAGGCGGUCGUCCCCAUCACGGUGACGAACAAGGCCAUGCCCGUGUUCGAGAAGCCCUUCUACAGCGCCGAGAUCCCCGAGAACGUGCAGGCGCACAGCCCCGUGGUGCACGUGCAGGCCAACAGCCCCGAGGGCCUGAAGGUGCUGUACAGCAUCGCCGACGGCGACCCCUUCGGCCAGUUCACCGUCGACUUCAACACCGGCGUCAUCCACGUCGUCGCCCCCCUGGACUUCGAGGCCCACCCGGCCUACAAGCUGAGCGUCCGCGCCACCGACUCGCUGACGGGCGCGCGCGCUGAGGUGUUCGUGGACAUCGUGGUGGAGGACGUCAACGACAACCCGCCCGUGUUCGCCCAGCGGGCCUACGCCGCCACGCUGUCCGAGGCGGCCGUCGUGGGCACCUCCGUGGCCCGCGUCCGGGCGACCGACGCCGACUCGGAGCCCAACCGGGGCGUCUCGUACCACCUGUCCGGGAACCACAGCCAGAGCCACGACCAUUUCCACGUCGACAGCGGCACGGGGGUCGUCUCCCUCGUCCGGGCGCUGGAUUACGAGCAGUGCCGGCGGCACAGGGUGGCCGUGCGGGCCGUGGACGGCGGCAUGCCCCCGCUGAGCAGCGAGGUGGAGGUCACGGUGGACGUCACGGACCUCAACGACAACCCGCCCGCGUUCGAGCAGCAGGCGUACGAGGCCAGGAUCAGCGAGCACGCCCCGCACGGGCAUUUCGUGGCCUGCGUCAAGGCCUACGACGCGGACAGCUCGGACGCGGGCAAGCUGGAGUACUCCAUCCUGUCCGGCAACGACCAGAAGCACUUCGUCAUGGACGGGGCCACGGGGAUCGUCACGCUGUCCAACCUCCUCCGCCAGGCCGCCCUGAGGCCCUUCUACGGCCUGAACAUCUCCGUCUCGGACGGCGUGUUCCGGAGCUCGGCCCGGCUGCACGUGACCGUCGUCGUGGGCAACCUGCACAGCCCCGCGUUCCCGCAGAACGAGUACGAGGUGGAGCUGGCCGAGAACGCCCCCGCGCACACCCUGGUGACCGCCGUCCGGGCCGCCGACGGGGACUCCGGCGUCUACGGCCGCGUCACCUACCACGUGGUGAAUGACUUCGCCAGGGACCGGUUCUACGUCGACGAGAGAGGGCGGGUCUUCACUCUGGAGAAGCUGGACCGGGAGGUCCCGGCGGAGAAGGUGAUCCCGGUGCGCCUGAUGGCCAGGGACGCGGGGGGGAAGGUGGCCUUCUGCACCGUCAACGUCAUCCUCACCGACGACAACGACAACGCGCCCCAGUUCCGAGCCGCCCGGUACGAGGUGAACGUCGCCUCCGACGCCCCCAGGGGCACGUCCGUCGCCAGGGUCCUGGCGAGCGACGCGGACGAGGGAUCCAACGCCGACGUCACCUACGCCCUGGAGGCCGAGGCGGCGGGCGUCCGGGAGAACCUGGAGAUCCACGCGCUGUCCGGCGUCCUCACCACCAGGGAGAGCCUGGUCGGCCUGGAGGACGAGGCCUUCACUUUCUUCGUGCGCGCUGUGGACGGCGGGUCCCCGCCCAGGGAGUCCGUGGUGCCCGUCUACGUGAAGGUGCUCCCCCCGGAGACGCGGCUCCCCAAGUUCUCGGAGCCGUUCUACACCUACACCGUGUCCGAGGACGUGCCCAUCGGGACCGAGAUCGACGUCGUCCGCGCGGAGCACAGCGGGCCCGUGCUGUACAGCCUCGUCCGAGGGAACACCCCCGAGAGCAACAGGGACGAGCUCUUUGUGAUCGACCGGCAGAGCGGGCGGCUGAAGCUGGAGAAGAGCCUGGACCACGAGACCACCAAGUGGUACCAGUUCGCCAUCCUCGCCCGCUGCGCCCACGGGGACCGCGAGGUGGUGGCCUCCGUGGAUGUCAGCAUCCAGGUGAAGGACGCCAACGACAACAGCCCGGUCCUGGAGGCGAACCCGUACGAGGCCUUCGUGGUGGAGAACCAGCCGGGGGGCAGUCGCGUCAUCCAGGUCAGGGCCUCGGACCCGGACUCGGGGGCCAACGGCCAGGUGAUGUACAGCCUCGAUCCGUCCCAGGACGCGGACGUCACCGAGUCCUUCGCCAUCAACAUGGAGACGGGCUGGAUCACCACCCUCAGGGAGCUGGACCACGAGCAGAGGGACCGUUACCAGAUCCGAGUGGUCGCGUCGGACCACGGGGAGAAGGCCCAGCUGUCCUCCACGGCCACAGUGGACGUCACCGUCACCGACGUCAACGACAGCCCCCCGCGGUUCACGGCGGAGAUCUACAAAGGGACCGUGAGCGAGGACGACCCGCCGGGCGGCGUCAUCGCCAUCCUGAGCAGCACGGACGCCGACUCGGAGGACAUCAACAGACAGGUGGCCUAUUACAUAACAGGAGGGGAUCCUCUGGGGCAGUUUGCUGUUGAAAACAUACAGAAUGAAUGGAAGGUGUAUGUGAAAAAACCUCUGGACAGAGAGAAGAGGGACAAUUACCUUCUGACCAUCACAGCAACGGAUGGCACCUUCUCAUCCAAAGCUAUCGUUGAAGUGAAAGUUCUUGAUGCCAACGACAACAGUCCAGUUUGUGAAAAGACUCUGUAUUCAGACACGAUUCCAGAAGACGCCUUCCCCGGGAAGCUGAUCCUGCAGGUCUCCGCCACUGACGCAGAUAUCCGGUCCAACGCCGAAAUCACAUACACCUUGUCAGGCCCAGGAGCAGAAAAAUUCAACCUGAAUCCAGACACAGGUGAACUGAAGACACUAGCCCCCCUGGACCGCGAGGAGCAAGCUGUUUACAACCUGCUGGUCAAGGCCACCGACGGAGGGGGAAGGUUCUGUCAGGCGCACGUGCUGCUCACGUUGGAAGACGUGAAUGACAACGCCCCCGAGUUCGCUGCCGACCCUCACACCAUCACCGUGUUCGAAAACACGGAGCCUGGGACGCCGCUGACCAGAGUGCAGGCCACGGACGCAGAUGCAGGGUUGAACCGGAAGAUCGCCUAUUCCCUGGUGAACUCCGCGGACGGGCACUUCUCCAUCCAGGAGUCGUCCGGGAUCAUCCAGCUGGAGAAGCCCCUGGACCGCGAGCUGCAGGCCGUGUACACGCUCACCGUGAAGGCCGUGGACCAGGGCGUGCCCAGGAGGCUGACGGCGACCGGCACUGUGGUGGUGUCCGUGCUGGACAUAAAUGACAACCCUCCCGUGUUCGAGUACCGCGAGUACGGAGCCUCGGUGUCCGAGGACGUGGCGGUUGGAACAGAGAUCCUUCAGGUGUACGCGGCCAGUCGGGACAUCGAGGCAAACGCAGACAUCACCUACUCCAUCAUCAGCGGGAACGAGCAUGGGAAAUUCAGCAUCGAUUCUAAAACAGGGGCCAUAUUUAUCAUCGAGAACCUGGAUUACGAAAGCUCUCACGAAUACUACCUGACUGUGGAAGCCACGGAUGGGGGCACCCCUUCCCUCAGUGACGUGGCCACAGUGAACGUGAACGUGACGGACAUCAACGACAACUCCCCGGUGUUCAGCCAGGACACCUACACGGCCGUGGUCAGCGAGGACGCCGUUCUGGAGCAGCCUGUCCUGACGGUGAUGGCUGAUGACGCGGAUGGACCUUUACACAGCCACAUCCACUAUUCCAUCAUCGACGGCAAUCAGGGAAAUCCGUUCACCAUCGACCCCGCCCGCGGAGAAGUGAAAGUGACCAGACUUCUAGACCGGGAAACAAUUUCAGGGUACACGCUCACGGUCCAGGCGUCCGACAACGGCAGCCCCCCGAGGGUCAACACCACAACAGUGAACAUCGACGUGUCCGACGUCAACGAUAACGCGCCAGCCUUCGCCCAGGGGAACUACAGCGUGAUCAUCCAGGAAAACAAGCCGGUGGGCUUCAGCGUGCUGCAGCUGGUGGUGACCGACAGGGACUCCUCUCACAACGGCCCCCCCUUCUCCUUCACCAUUGAGAGCGGAAACGACGAGGGCGCGUUCGAGGUGACCCAGCAGGGCGUCCUCCUGACCGCUGGCGCCAUCGAGAGGAAGGUGAAGGACCGCUACUCCCUGUGCGUAAAGGUGGCCGACAACGGGAAGCCUCCGCUGUCGUCUCUGACCUACGUGGACAUCGCGGUCAUCGAGGAGAGCGUCUACCCGCCGGCGAUCCUGCCCCUGGAGAUUUUCAUCACCGCCGUGGGCGAGGAGUACGCGGGCGGCGUCAUCGGGAAGAUCCACGCCACGGACCAGGAUGUGUACGACACCCUCACCUACAGCCUGGACCCCCGGGCGGACGGCCUCUUCUCCGUGUCCGGCGCGGGGGGCAAGCUGAUCGCGCACAAGAGGCUGGACCCGGGGCAGUACCUGCUCAACGUCAGCGUGACCGACGGGCGGUUCACCACGGCGGCCGACAUCCCGGUGCACGUGCGCCCCGUCACGCUGGAGAUGCUGAACCACACCAUCGCCAUCCGCUUCGCCAACCUCACGCCCGAGGAUUUCGUGGGCGACUACUGGCGCAGCGCGCAGCGGGCGCUGCGGAGCGUGCUGGGCGUGCGGAGGGGCGGCCUGCAGGUGGUGAGCCUGCAGCCCGCCGAGCCCCAGCCCCAGCCCCACCUGGACGUGCUGCUGUUCAUUGAGAGGCCCGGCGGCGCCCCCCCCGCGUCCACCGGCCAGCUCCUGCGCAGGAUCAACGCCUCCGUGGCCGACAUCGAGGACCUGGUGGGCGUCCGCAUCCUCGACGUGUUCCAGAGGCUGUGCGCCGGCCUGGACUGCCCCCGGAGGUUCUGCGACGAGAAGGUGUCCGUGGACGGCAGCGCGAUGUCCACGCACAGCACGGCCAGGCUGAGCUUCGUGACGCCCCGCCACCGCAGGACGGCCGUGUGUCUCUGCAAAGAGGGAAGAUGCCCGCUCAUCCAUCAUGGGUGUGAAGACAGCCCGUGCCCCGAGGGAUCGGAGUGUGUCACUGACCCCAGGGAGGAGACGUACACCUGUGUCUGUCCGGGUGGCAAGUUUGGGCAGUGCCCAGGCAGCUCCUCUGUGACGUUCACCGGCAGCAGCUUUGUGAAGUACCGGCUGAAGGAAACCGAGAGCAAGCUGGAGAUGAAGCUGACCAUGCGGCUCCGGACCUUCUCUUCCCAUGCCAUCGUGAUGUAUGCCCGCGGCACCGACUACAGCAUCCUGGAGAUUCACAACGGAAGGCUGCAGUACAAGUUUGACUGCGGGAGCGGCCCCGGCAUCGUGUCCGUGCAGAGCAUCCAGGUCAACGACGGGCUGUGGCACGCGGUGUCCCUGGAGGUGAACGGCAACUACGCCCGGCUGGUGCUGGACCAGGUCCACACCGCGGCCGGCACGGCCCCGGGGACGCUGAAGACCCUGAACCUGGACAACCACGUGUUCUUCGGCGGCCACGUCCGGCAGCAGGGCCCGCGGCACCGGCGCAGCCCCCAGGUCGGGAACGGCUUCCGGGGCUGCAUGGACUCCAUCUACUUGAAUGGGCAGGAGCUCCCGCUAAAUCACAAGCCCAGAAGCUACGCCCACAUCGAGGACUGGGUGGACGUGACUCCGGGGUGCGUGCUGACGGCCACGAAAGGUUGUUCCAGCAACCCCUGCCAGAACGGAGGCGUUUGCAACCCCUCGCCUGCGGGAGGCUAUUACUGCAAAUGCAACGCCUUGUACGUCGGGACCCACUGUGAGGUGAGCGUCAAUCCCUGUGCCUCCAACCCCUGCCUGUACGGUGGGACCUGCCUGGUGGACAACGGAGACUUCGUCUGCCAGUGCAGAGGGUUAUACACUGGACAGAGGUGCCAGCUCAGUCCGUACUGCAAGGAUGAGCCCUGCAAAAACGGUGGCACCUGCUUCGACAGCUUGGACGGCGCCGUCUGUCAGUGUGACUCUGGCUUCAGGGGAGAAAGGUGUCAGAGCGACAUCGACGAGUGUGCGGGGAGCCCGUGCCGGAACGGGGCGCUCUGCGAGAACACGCACGGCUCCUACCGCUGCAACUGCAGCCGCGCGUUCCACGGGCGGCACUGCGAGGACGCGGCCCCCAACCUGUACGUGUCCACGCCCUGGAACAUCGGGCUGGCCGAGGGCAUCGGCAUCCUCGCCUUCGUCGUCGGCAUCUUCCUCCUGGUGCUGGUGUUCGUGCUCUGCCGCAAGGCGGUCCGGCGCCGGAGGAGGAAGAAGAAGCACCCGCCGCCGCCCGAGGACAAGCGCCUGGGCCCGGCCGCGGCCUUCAUGCCCCGGCCCUACUUCGAUUCGAAACUCAAUAAGAACAUCUACUCGGACACCCCGCCCCAGGUGCCCGUCCGCCCCAUCUCCUACACGCCCAGCAUCCCCAGCGACUCCAGGAACAACCUGGACCGCAACUCCUUCGAAGGCUCCGCCAUCCCGGAGCACCCCGAGUUCAGCACCUUCAACCCCGAGGCGGUGCACGGGCACCGGAAAGCGGUGGCCGUCUGCAGCGUCGCCCCGAACCUGCCGCCCCCGCCCCCGUCCAACUCCCCCUCCGACAGCGACUCCAUCCAGAAGCCCAGCUGGGACUUCGACUACGACGCUAAAGUGGUGGACCUGGACCCCUGCCUGUCCAAGCAGCCCCUGGAGGAGAAGCCGUCCCUCCCGUACAGCGCCCGGGAGAGCCUGUCCGAAGUGCAGUCCCUCAGCUCCUUCCAGUCCGAGUCCUGUGAUGACAACGCUUCCAUGGUGACUGUCAUACACCUUGUCAGCUCCGUGGCUGGCACGGUGACUACCGAAGAGUCUUUGGCUGCUCCUGACCUCGGCAAGUCAAGAGGCUACCACUGGGACACCUCGGACUGGAUGCCCACCGUCCCGCUGCCGGACAUCCAGGAGUUCCCCACCUACGAGGUGAUCGACGAGCAGACGCCGCUGUACUCGGCGGACCCGGGCUCCCUGGACACGGACUACUACCCCGGCGGCUACGACAUCGAGAGCGACUUCCCGCCGCCGCCGCCCGAGGACUUCCCGGCGCCCGACGACGAGCUGCCGCCACCGCUGCCGCCCGACUUCAGCGACCGGUUCGAGCCCCUGCACCCGCCCAGGGACAGCGGGGGCUCCUCCUCUCGGGGCCGCCGCCCGCGCUUCCCCUUGGACCGGUACCUGCCCAGCCUCUACCCCGCGGCCGCCGACGACCUGUCGGAACCUCGGAAAGCGGGCCCCGGGGAGAGCCUCCCGUGUCGGGGAGAGCCCUACGCCCCGUACCCGCCCGGGGGGUACCCCAGGACCUGCGGGGACCCCCCCGCUGCCGCCGAGCACCUGCCGCUGUCGGUGUACGCCUGCACGGCCUCCUGCUCCGACGUGUCGGCCAGCUGCGAGGCCGAGUCCGAGGUCAUGAUGAGCGACUACGAGAGCGGGGACGACAGCGGCCCCUUCCGGGAGGUGACCCUGACCCUGACCGGCCCGCCGCUGGAGGCCCUGCAGCUGCAGCAGCUGCAGCAGCACACGCAGGUCUGACGCCCACCUCCCCCCGAAGUGCCUGGACUUUAGCGGACCUCGAGGUGACACGAAGGGCCCGCAGUGUUCUCUGCAGCCGCGGGGAGCUGCGGCGGGCCGUGGGGUACCCCUGCCUGCCCUGCACCCCCAAACGCUAGCCAUUUCCAGUGUCUCCUCACCUACCGUCACCGGAGCCGGGGUGUCGGCUGUGCCACACGUCCCAGCGCUUGCUUGGUGUCCGCAUCUUGUCCGUGUUGCAAGGUUGCGACGGGAAAAUCGGUCCCGCCAUCACCCUGUCCGCAUGGUUCAUGUAUUUAUAUAGAUUUGAUUAUUUUAAAUGUCCUGUCUUCUCCCCAUUCCUUCCCUCCCCGCCCCCCCCCCUUUUUUUUUAUUUUGUAAAUGUUAUGUACAGAUUUAAUUUGUCAUAGGUUUAACUCAAUUUUUUUUUUUUUCCCUCCCCAAGACAUUUGGCGGGGUUUGUUUAUGUUUUUUGUUUGUUUUGUUGUGUGUGUUUUUUUACCGGAUUUGGGUGGUGGUAGUGUCAUGGCCUAGCACCCUGAUCGAUCGUGUUGACUAUAACCAGGGUUUCGCUCAAUGUCCUUUUUUUUUCCCCCCACGGAAGUUUUCGACAUUUCAUUUCAUACAUUUCAAGUGUAGUCGUGCAUUUCUCGGUGUACAUGGGGUGAGGAGAAAGGUCUGGUCCAUGCCAUGUCUUACAUGGGUUGCUGUAUUUUAGGAUUGUCAACAUUUUUCAUUCUUGGAAAGUGUGUAAGGGGACCUUCUGCAUACCUGUUUAGAACCAAAACCAUCCAUGACACGGUUUUUAUAGUGUCUGUUAUAUUUGUGAUGCAACGGUCUUGUAAAGGUUUUUACUGAAAACGACCAUUAGCCAGUCUUUCUUACUGACAAUAAAUUAUUAAUAAAAUAUUUUAGCUUUA